UCUCUCUCUCUCUCUCUCUCUCUCUCUCUCUCUCUCUCUCUCUCUCUUUCAAGGUUUAGCCAAAUACAUGGCAAUGGCCUGCUUGAAUGUUUGCAAAGGCGACCAGGAAUAUGUUGAGGAAAAGAACCAAAAGAUCAAAGAAGUUUGUACCUUAGAUGGAACCACUGAUUGGUACGGUCGUCCUGCAGUCCGAGGGAGAACUGGAACAUGGGUUGCUGCAACUCUCAUAUUAGUGAAUCAAGGGCUGGCAACGCUGGCAUUCUUUGGAGUAGGAGUGAACUUGGUGUUGAUGCUGACGAGGGUGCUGGGCCAAGACAACGCAGAGGCUGCAAAUAAUGUCAGCAAAUGGACUGGAACUGUUUACCUCUUCUCUCUUCUUGGCGCUUUCCUCAGUGACUCCUACUGGGGGAGGUACAAGACUUGUGCUAUCUUUCAACUUAUUUUUGUCAUUGGUUUGUCGUUGUUAUCACUAUCGACCUACAUAUUCUUACUCAAGCCUAAAGGCUGCGGUGAUAAAAAUUCUCCAUGUGGAGACCACUCAGCCUUUGUAAUCGGAUUGUUCUACAUCUCUAUAUACCUUAUUGCCCUAGGAAAUGGAGGCUACCAACCUAACAUAGCUACAUUUGGGGCGGACCAGUUUGAUGACCAAGGGGACCCCAAAGAAGGGCAGUCAAAGAUAGCCUUCUUUAGCUACUUCUACUUGGCUUUAAAUCUUGGCUCUCUCUUUUCAAACACAAUCUUGGGCUACUUCGAGGAUAAAGGAAUGUGGACUCUAGGGUUUUGGGCAUCCACUGGCUCUGCUGCCACGGCAUUGGUCCUGUUUCUUUGUGGUACUCCAAGGUACAGGCAUUUCAAGCCUCAGGGCAACCCUCUCUCUAGGUUUUGCCGGGUGAUGGUUGCUGCAACAAGAAAAUGGAAGGUUGAGAUGACGCCAAGUGGGGAGGAUUUGUAUGUGGAAGAUGGGAAGGAAUGCUCUCCAAAUGAUAGGAACAUAGUUCACACCCAUGGAUUCAAAUUCUUGGAUAGAGCAGCAGUCAUCACAUCGAAGGAGAUGAACGACAUGGACAACAAGGGAGCUCACAAUCCAUGGCGCCUCUGCACAGUGACACAAGUAGAAGAAGUGAAAUGCAUACUGAGACUCCUCCCAAUUUGGUUGUGCACAAUACUUUACUCUGUAGUUUUCACUCAAAUGGCAUCACUCUUUGUAGAACAAGGUGCUGCAAUGAAGACCACCGUUUCAGGGUUCCACAUUCCCCCAGCCAGCAUGUCAAGCUUCGACAUUCUCAGCGUAGCGGCUUUUAUCUUCAUCUACAGGCGGUUUCUCGAUCCGCUUUUUGGCAGGCUUAGAAAGAAAGGACUCACUGAGCUUCAAAGGAUGGGGAUUGGUCUUGUCAUUGCAAUCAUGGCAAUGGUUUCAGCUGGAGUUGUGGAGCUUUUCAGGUUAAAAUAUGCAGUCAAAGAAUGCAACAAUUGUGAAAGUCCAAGCUCAUUGAGCAUAUUUUGGCAAGUUCCUCAGUAUGUGCUUGUAGGAGCAUCAGAAGUGUUCAUGUAUGUUGGUCAAUUGGAGUUCUUCAAUGGACAAGCACCUGACGGGCUGAAGAGCUUUGGGAGUGCACUUUGCAUGACUUCAAUAUCACUUGGGAACUAUGUGAGUAGCUUGCUUGUUACAAUUGUGAUGAAAGUUUCUACCAGAGAUGAAAUGCCAGGAUGGAUCCCUGGAAACCUAAACAAGGGUCAUUUGGAUAGAUUCUACUUUCUCUUGGCAGCUUUGACAACGGCUGAUCUUUUGGUGUAUAUAUUAUGCGCCAAGUGGUACAAGUAUAUCAAGUUUGAAGGAAAGGGUGGAAAUAACAAUGGCGUGCACGAUAUUGGGCAACCUGAUCCUGGAGUCUGAUAAAUUGAUUUGGUUUCAUCAAUUUUUGACUGAGUUCGGUGGAAUUGAUGCUACGUCGGGUAAUAAAUAGACGGUCUGAAAAGAGGUAAAAAUUAUUCUAUGUGCCGGUUAUAUCUUUUUGACAAAAUGCAUAGUGGUCUUAGUAUGGAGUAGGUCUCAUGUAUGUUGUGAGAGAGAUCAUAUAUAGGGACAUGGGUCUAGUAGAGUUGCAAUGAUACUAGAGAAAUGCCUUUUUCAUUUCUCCAUGUUGAGCACAAGGUGUUGUAAACAAUAAUAUGUAAAAUAUAAUGUAACCUUUCAUAUAUAUAUAUACCCUAC